GUUUAUUUACGGUUUUGGCCUCCGGCACCCGGCAAUAAGCGGGAUUCUGAUUGGUCGCUGUGACUGGGUGCGAGAUGAUGUUGUUGAUGUUCGGUUUGUGCGGCCGCUUGGCCCUGAGGGCCCGAGGAGGGGGGCAACCGCUAAGUCGCUCAUGGAAACAAUGGGGAGCAAGAAAGGGAAUAAGUUCUGUUGUUACAAAAGUCUCUGCACGGUCUGGGUCAACCUCUGUACCCAGUGCUGCCACCAACCGAAUCCUGGGGAAAUGGAUGAUUGUGUGCAGCGGUACGGUAGUGGGGGCUGUGGUUCUUGGUGGAGUAACCAGGCUGACUGAGUCUGGCUUAUCAAUGGUAGACUGGCACCUCAUCAAGGAAAUGAAGCCCCCAAGCACUCAGGCAGAUUGGGAAGCCGAGUUUCAGAAGUACCAGCAGUUCCCAGAAUUUAAGAUAUUAAAUCAUGACAUGACUUUAAAUGAGUUUAAGUUCAUCUGGCACAUGGAGUAUUCCCAUCGGAUGUGGGGUAGGGCAGUGGGGCUGGCCUACAUCCUGCCUGCCAUCUACUUCUGGAGGAAGGGCUGGCUCUCCAGGAGCUUGAAACUGCGGGUGGCAGGUCUCUGUGGAUUCGUGUGUUUCCAGGGUUUGCUGGGUUGGUACAUGGUGAAGAGCGGUUUGGAGGAAAAGAAAGAUUCGCAUGACAUACCCCGGGUCAGCCAGUAUCGCCUGGCUGCACAUCUUGGAUCUGCACUGAUACUAUACUGUGCCAGUCUGUGGACUGGCCUGUCUCUGCUCCUGCCCCCAAACCAGAUGCCCAAUACUGGCCGGCUGCUAUUGUUGAGGAGGUUUGCUCGUGGGACUGCGGGAUUGAUAUUCAUUACAGCGCUGUCAGGUGCUUUUGUUGCUGGACUGGAUGCUGGACUUGUCUAUAAUUCUUUCCCCAAGAUGGGAGAGCGUUGGCUGCCUGACGACCUUUUAGCCUUUUCCCCAGUUCUCCGAAACUUCUUUGAGAACCCAACCACUGUUCAGUUUGACCACAGAAUCCUGGGUGUUUCCUCAGUGAUGGCAGUGACCAUUCUCUACGCGCUUUCUCGCAGGAUACCUAUGCCCCGGAGGACUAAGGUGGCAAUAUCAUCCCUGCUGGCCAUGGUUUACAUGCAGGCUGCUCUGGGAAUCAGCACUCUGCUGCUCUACGUCCCCACUCCUCUGGCAGCCGCACACCAAUCAGGAUCCCUGGUGCUGCUCAGCCUGGCACUCUGGUUGCUCCAUGAGCUCCGCAGGCUCCCAAAGUGAAGCAAGAGACUAGCUGAGCCUGUUCCUUUUAACAAACGAGAUCCCGGGUCAGGAUCCGACAGAAAUGCCUACUGCAACACUUGUGCACUUUCAUUUCUACAAAGUUUGUUUGUGAGAGCAAUGAUCGAUUGAACUAUUUACUCUAUACUUGAAUAUUGGAGAGUGGGUUGGUAUCUGAUUGAGAUUUUUAUAGCCUUGGUCUGGUUGUAAAGCUGGUCAUUGUGCUCUGGUUUCUCCCUGGUGGAUGUCACUAUUAUUACUUCAGGUGGCCCUGCCUUUUGCAUGGGGGUGAGGAGAGAGAUAGAAAGUAUUUAAUGCUGUUAUGUUCUUUUCUGGCUCAAAUCAUUGACCAACACCUGUGUGUGGACCACAUGGUCAGACUAGAAAUGCUAUGGGCCUGUUGCUGUUCUAAUUAUAUUAAUUUUGACCCAGGUAAUGUUGCACUUGCUACCAGUUGGUCACUGGUUUUUAUUCCGUUGUACUGUAACAUACACUACAAUCACAAGCCUUACAUGCUUUAAUAUUGCUUUCAAUCCAUUCCUCCCUUUGAACUGCUCCCACUGCCCUCAGCACCACUGAACUGUCCCCACCAGUAAUCCACCUUGACAUUUGCAACUAGAAAUCAUCUCCAGACACAACCCAACUUUAGCAUUAUUGAGUGUUUGUUUAUUAUUGGGUGUUUUGCAUUAUUCUAAGAAAGUAUCACACACCACACAGAAAUACAACAAUAGUUUAAGGAUUAAUUAAUUGGAAAGUAACCAGAGAUCAAUAAUGCCAAUGCUCCUUUUAUACAUUUCUUGUGUAUUGUGAAUAAUCUAACAUUUCAAAAGCAAUAUUUGAUUUUAAAUUAAACUUUUCUCUCCAA